GCUGCAAAAAGCAGAAACAACAGUCCCAAUUUACAAAAAAGCUCGCACAAAUCCCUCCAAUGGCGGCGACGAUCACUACCGGUUACCCGCCGACCAUUCACUCUCUCUCCUCUUCCCGAAUAGGCCUUCAUCGUCCCUCCUCCUUCUCCUCCUCCGCCUCAUACUGUUCUCUUCGGCCUCCGGGAGACAAGCCUACCCUCGUCUCCUCCAGGUUGCGCGUUUUGCUCCCGAAGAUUGGACCGAGAAAGCGAGGAUUAGGUUCUCCUUUAGUGUUCUGCUCGUUAGAGGGUGAAUCCGAGACGGACCCAGAAUCGCCCCCGAGUGAUUCGACCGUGCAUCUACAUCUUAAUUUGGAACACCCAAGGAGAAGAUUGCUUGUACAAUUCACUUGUAAUGAAUGCGGUGAAAGAACACAAAGGCUCGUGAAUAAGUUAGCCUAUGAACGAGGUCUUAUAUUUGUACAGUGUGCUGGUUGUCUUCGGCAUCACAAGUUAGUUGACAAUCUUGGCCUUGUGGUGGACUAUGACUUAAGAGAAGAUAUUGAGAUGGAGCAAUAAAAAUCAAGCCUAUUAAAGUUCAAAAUGGCGAGGACCUCUCCAUGCUGUACUUACUUUUGUUGUAUUGACCGAUUUUGUGAAGGUUUUGUUUUGAACGAAAAAAGAAUAAAGAAUUCUCCAAUAGUAUCUCAUUGUGUAGAAAGAAUACAAAAAUGCCUUACAAUUCUCGAUCAUAUUUUCUUUUAUUUGUUCUAUUGGCUCCA